AUGCAGUUCGGCCAUCUAGUGUUACAGCUUGGCACUUUCGUCGCGACCGCGGCCGCUGUGGGUGAUGGCAGGCGUCAAGACACACUCGAGGCGUCCGCAAAGGGGCCCAUUGUCGAUUUGGGUUAUGCCAAAUACCAGGGAGGCCGUCCGGGUACCGGUGUAGAUGAAUUUCUCGGCGUGCGCUACGCCAAGCCACCGAUCGGGAAUCGUCGAUUCCGCGCCCCAGAGGAUCCAUCCUCGGAACUUGAGAUGCAGGAUGCUACCAAGUAUCGCCCCAACUGCCUUGGCGUCGCGGAGAGUACCGGAACGCCGGAAGUGCCCGGCCCGGAUUUCGCGGAGGAUUGCCUAUUCGUCAAUGUCUUCAAGCCUUCCAAUGCCACGGCGCGCUCCAAGCUCCCCGUCUGGGUUUGGAUCACCGGUGGGGGUUUUGCCAAUGCUGCCUGGGUAAAUUUCAACGAGACCAACCUGGUCAAGGAAUCCGACAAUGGGAUUGUCUUUGUGGAAUUCAGCUACCGAGUCGGUGCCCUCGGGUUUCUCGCUAGCGAGCAGGUCAGGAAAGACGGCGACCUGAAUGUCGGUUUGCUAGACCAGAGGAAGCUCUUGCACUGGGUCCAGUCGUAUAUCCACAAGUUUGGAGGAGAUCCGAGCCGUGUGGUGAUUCACGGUGCAUCGGCAGGUGCUACUUCAGUGGCAUAUCACCUGACGGCAUACGAGGGUCGCAAAGACAAUGAGCUUUUCGCUGGCGUCAUGGUGCAGGACUCGUUCUGGCCGCCGCAGAGAACCGUCGGGGAGAUGGAACCGCAGUACGUCCAGCUGCUUUCCAGGACAAACUGCACUACGCUUGACUGUCUCCGCUCCGUCGAUAUUGCCAAGCUUCAGACCGCCAGCCAGUCGCUGCCCUUCCCGGACGGCGACAAGGACCAGCCCGCUCCCCCCUUGUUCUACUGGCUGCCCGUGAUUGACGGCGGGCUGGUCCCGGAUCGCUUCUACAACCUCUUUGAAAAGGGAAGCUUCAUCCGCGUGCCGGCGCUCAUUGGCGACGACACCGACGAGGGCACGCAGUAUGCUCCCAACGCCACCAGCGCCUCGGAUGUUGCCGUGUUCAUGAAGAACAACUACCCGAACCUCUCGCCGCAGCAGCUGGACGAGAUCAAUGAGCUGUACCCCAUGAUGGAUCCUCUGCCCCAGAACGGGGCGUACUUUCCCACUGCCAGCGCCGUGUACGGCGACAUGUGCUUCAUCUGCCCGGGCAACGAGAUUGCUUCGGCCUUGGCGCGCUACAGCAACGCGAGCAUGGUCUGGAACUACCGCUACAAUGUCCGGGACCCCGACCUGGUGGCGCAGGGACUGGGCACGCACCACGACCAGGAGUGGUUCGCCGUUUUCGGCCCGGAGAAGUUCCAGGACUACGAGGCCAAGUCGGACAACACCACCAACGCUGCCGAGGUGCCCAUCGUGCGACACUACUGGAUCAGCUUUGUCCGCGGGCUCAACCCAAACACGCACAGGGUGCCGCAGGCGCCGGAGUGGCAGCCCUGGGGCUCGGGCACGGGACAGCGGAUUCGGCUGGAGACGAACAAGACGGCAAUGGAGCCUCUCCCUCGGGAGCAGCUUGAUAAGUGUUCUUUCUGGAGACGCAGGUCGGCUAGCACCGAGCAGUAA